CCCCCCCGCUUGGGCUUGCUCGCCGCCGCCAUUGACCUUUGGUCGCUCUCCACCAUCACCACCGACACCUAAUCGGCGAGCGACAACGCACAGUCCCCACCUACCACAACCCACUCACUCUUGCACCCAUUUCCCUCGUCGACAAAACCCCGACGACAUCCCUUCCACACACACUCUCUCGCCCUUCCCACCACACUCGGCGAGCCUCUCACACACCCCCUCUUGCCUGGCAUUCAGUCCACGCGCGCCCCAACGAUCAAACGACCACCAUCACACAAACGCUGCUCUUGGUUGAAACUCGCAACUCUGCGCUGUACACGCCGCCGCCCGGCACCCCUUCCCAUCUAGAACUCGACUUUCUCAUGUCGACCUACUCGCAGUAAAUUGUCGCCCCCCCUUCGCCCUCGCUCGCCCAGCGCAAUGACUUACUCCGCCGCGCGAGGCUCUCCGCCCAGCGCUGGCGGUCCAUUGCACGCGCCCGGCCAACCCUCGGUGCCCUAUCGUCAGGCUAGCGGUUCUUCCGCUUGGUCGACUGCAGGUCCGGGCUCUACCGCCGCCUCCUCAAGCCUCGCCCCGGCUCCAAUAGGACUCGGCUGGUCACCAGGGGCGUCACCACGUUCGCUCAACGACCCGGAUCGCUUCGAGGACGCGGCGAGCGACGACGGAGGUGCCGCGUCCAACGCUGCGACCGCGUCGUUUAAUAAUGGCGGCACCUACCAACCGCAGCCACAGUCAUGGACGAGCAGCCCCAUAUCGCAGCCACCGAGGGAUCAGAUCGAGGCGUACACACCACCAUCUGCGUACUCUCGGGAACUAUUACUUCCAAGCUCCCAGUCAUCGUCAACGCUUAAUUCGAGCAUGCGGGGACGGCGAGCUCCGGCGCCUGCAGCUCUGGAUCUGAGUCCUCGUUCACGUCAGGCUAUCGAGGAGUCGCAGCAGAUUCCCGAGGAACCACCAGGUUGGCCCCAACCACAUAUCCCAGCUCGUUCGGCUCGCCGCCUGUCUCGUCCGCUGCCUACGGCCCCUCCCACGCGCGCAGAGGAAUUCGCUCAUCUUGUCCAGUCAUCGGCUCGCAACGGCGAGCCUGUCCCCUUCCCCUCAAACAGCUCCCCACUAAUUGCAUCCUCCUCAACCCUCCCUCUUCAUGCCCCGCUCUCGGCUUUUGGCAUGGACGACCAACAAAUGUCGACUGCUGACCAGAGAACCUCCAUCGCCAGCUCUGGCGCCAAUGGCGACCGUGUAUCCAUCGACUCGUACUAUCUCGGCGCUGUACCUCACGACUACAUGGGUACAGGUGGCGGCUUGUCGCCUCCCCCAACGUCCUUCCAUCCCACGACGCCAGAUUACACCGACCCCUCGGAUAUUGAUCGCCGUGGACUUGUUGGUGUCGGCGAGCUGGCGACACCUCGAUGGGGAGCGACCUCUGCCAGCCGGCACCAUCUCCGCACCCCUAGCAUGCCGCAUGACUUCUCUCUCAGCCCUCCAAUGCCUCCCCUGCCCGCUUCCGCCCUGCAGCCUGGGUCCUUACCAAAAGGGGGCGCGGUCUGGGGAGCGGCGGACCACUCGGGCGUGGGCGUUAUGGAACGUGUUACCGAGGAGAGCCCACGGCACCAGCAGCGCAUGCGGCACCGCUCCGUCUCUCAUGAGACCCCCAAGCGCCCGCUAAAUGAGUCGUCCCAGUCUGGCGUAAAGGCUCUCGACUCCCUGCUUUCCAUCUCGUCCAUCGGUGACUUCAGCUUUGAGUCGUCCAUCGACAAUGGUGCUUUGGCCGCAUCCCUCGCCAUGCCCGAGCCCAUGUCACCUGUGCGCAACCAAAAGCUUAGAGCCUCCGCCCCGCCUUCGGCCAAAGACUACGCCGCAUACGCCCAGUUGCUGGCCACCGGACAGGGCUUACCAAGUUCACCCCUCCCUACCGAAGCCGCUCUUGGCGGCGCUCCGGUGCCAGGCAGCGCUCGCGAGCGUUUAUACGCACGCAGGGCGUCGCGGGCGGCUUCUGGCGGUGCCCCUCACCAGUCGCCUUCGCAAUUGAUGGAAGCCGCGCCGCUCCCACCAAGCAAGAUGUCUCCUCCAAACUCGGCCGACUCUCAGACGUUCGAGCACCGCCGUGACCAGCGCAGAACGCCUCCCGGCUCGCGGGAACCGUCGACUUCCAAGCGGCGUCCCCCGUCAAGUCCUAGUGCCACGCACCACGACAUCUUAAAGCUCAUGACCCCGAAGGACUUUUCCCACUUGCCACCUAGCCCAUCUGGAGCCUCCAUCAACCAGAUCUUGAAGGGGUCGAGUUCGGGAACCAACCUGACGUCGGGCUCUGGCCUCCCGCUGGGCCCCAGCCUUUCCACACGUACCCCUCCGGGGUCGGUUUCCGGUCAUGGCUCCAAGUCCAACCUGGGCCGUUCCGAGUCGAUGCGCUCGCGAGCACAGUCGCUCAAGGUCACCGACGCGAUGUCGACCGCCGAAGCUCUUCGCAAACUUGAUGGAUUGGGGACACCAAACAAGAAGAGCAACGGUUCAAUUGGCUCGUCGUCGACUCCCAAGGCUGGCAGCGGUAGACCUGUGACCCCUCCAGAGACCGCAAAGCGUCUGAACAGAAAGAAUAGUCUUUCUAGCGUCCACAGUAAUGCCCAGAGGGGCAAGGACUCGCCUCUCAACAACUGGUACGACGUCGGCCAGGAUCUGCCAGCUGUCAACCGCCGAGUUGGCCAUGACAGCGUCGCAAGCGCCCAAGACCUCCCCCCGUUAACCUUUGAGAAACGCGAAUCGUCACCAAGCGUCGUGGGUACGCCCACCUCUCGCGACUCGUACUCUCAUGUCAACUCGUCGGCCACCCCGCCCUCCGGAAACCGGGACAGUCGCCUCGAAAAGGCACCACGACGGUCAAGCCUUGCCAGCGACAUGUCAUCUGCAGAAGGCGGCGGUGUCGAUGACCGUCUUUCGGAGGGCUUUGUCCCGCCGGUUCCCCCUCUACCACGCGGCUACCAAUCGAUGCGCCAGGGCUUGUCCAGCCUUGCCUCCGGUACGCCGGCUGCGGCGCCGAUGCAGUACGUUCCGCUGCACGCGGAGGUGCCAGUCGAAAGGGAAUCUCCCGACACUUCCAAUGUUCCCAAGGUCGCCUUCCCGUCGCCACAGAAGUAUUCGCCUGAGAGCACGACAUCGCAUGAGACUCCACGCACACGGACAAUGAGCAAGAAGUGGUCCUUCUCGUCAGCGCUUAAUCUGAACAAGCUUCACAAGGAGACGGCUGUUUCGCCACCGGCCCUGUCUCCGUCCCUCCCCAUCCCCGUUGACUCUCCCUCGACGCCACAGACGCCAUGGUCCGAGGUGGACCACCGCGUCGGCUUGGCUUCACCUCGUGCCCCCACUCUGCAGCAGGUCCGUUCACGAGACUCUGUCGAUCUGGCCAACACGUCCAUUACCGCCGAUGCGCGCUCGAACCACAGUGCUACGCCCGUUGCACCUGGAGCAACCGCCACCCAGCAGCCAGCAAAAUCGGGAUCCAAGCGCCUCGCCCCUUCAUCCAUCCCCUUUUUCCGCCGCGCUUCCGCAUCGUCAGUUUCCCUUGCGCACAAGCUUGCAUCGCCACCAGAGGUGCAAACACCACGUUUCUCCACUCAGGCUCCACCUCCGCCCACCCCGAGCUCGACGGCGUCGACUCAACGUACGCCGUCGAGCACCCGCAAAUCGGUCCUCGGAAUGCACCUCCCAAACAUGCUCCGAGGAAGCGCUUCCAAACGCGGCUUGGCCCAGCAAGUCGCACCGACCGUCGUGGAGAGGCCCGAGGUCAAGCCGUCCGCGACGGCGAUGGCGACCACUGCUGCGCAGCAAGCAUCAGCGCCGACUACAGGCUCCAUCGGACGGGCAGGUGGACGCGCUCGCGGCAUGGUGAGCUCCCCGCCGAGAGGUCGUAUUGACCUGCAGACGUUAUCCUCUGGCGGUGACCCUGGAUCGUCACUCAUCCGCAAGCCGUCUGUUGACACGCAUUACACGUCGGUUUCAAGCCGAUCCGAGUCAACAGUCAACGGCGCGACUCCGUCCAUCAAGAGCACAAAGUUACCUGUCGCAGGCGGCACGUUGCAUAACGCAACGUCGCUGACUUCGCUGCGCAAGUCCGAUGCCUCGCGCGCACCUCCCACGGCGACUCCUACCAAGAUUCCGCGCAUGGCAUCCCGCCCAUCAGUCGUCACCCCUAACACACAGGCGGCGCACUCGUCGAUGCCUCCACCGGCUUUGCCAUCAACGUUGACUCUCGCCACGAGCCAAAGCGCCAAUGUCCUGGCUGCCCCAUCACUGACAACCCACUUUCCUUCAACCGCCAGCAUCAACGAGUUCCAGUUCAGCGAGUACAGCGGCAACAGUGCACGCCAGUCUCUACAGCCUGGCUCAUCUAGCGCCCACCGGGCGCACCUCCUCGCACCAAUGUCGGCCCGCAAGCUCAGCGUGUCUGGCAUCCCGCAGCCGCCGUCAACUGCGGUACCCGUUGCUUCGCGGCGCGACACGCUUGGCGCACCGCCCGUCUCUGGUGUGCCCCAGUCAAGACGCACGCUCCCUCAACUCCCUUCGUCCGCGACAGCCAUGACCAUUUCGGCUUCUGCCAAAGCGCGGCCCAGCUUGAGCCGUCGCAACUCGGUCAGCCAGGAUGCUGAGAACGAGCCGCCUGCACCACAGCCCAUCAAGUCGUCCAAGUCGCUGCACUCGAAGAUGUCUCAUGGCGCGCACUCGCGGUUGUCUCUUUCGGCUUCGACAGGAUCUACGAGACGCAUCUCCAUGGCCCCAGAGACAUCGGAGAGUCCCACCGACGACGAGGAGGCCGCAGCUGAUGCCGAGAUGGCCGCGUAUGUUGCGCGCCGCAAGGCUCGCGCCGCUGCUGGCACAAGUUCCAAGAAGGAUGACCUCAGCGACCUGCUCGGCUUCCCCGAAGACGUCGACCCAGCCGAGGCGGUCAGCCAGCGGUCGUUCAUCUCGCGGCACCUCAACUCUCUCUCCGACUAUGAGCGCAAGGAGGUGCUCGACUUUGACUUCAUCUACUACGUUGCGCGAAACGUCAAGCGCGCUCCGCAGCCCGAUGGCAAGAUCUACAACCACGGCUACGACGACGAGCGAGGCGACUACAUUGUCGUCGAAGGGGACCACUUGUGUUACCGCUACGAGGUCAUCAGCGUGCUUGGCAAGGGCUCGUUCGGCCAAGUUGUCCACUGCCGCGAUCACAAGACUGGUGGCUCGGUUGCUGUCAAGAUCAUCCGCAACAAGAAGCGCUUCCACGCGCAGGCCUUGGUCGAGGUCAAGAUCCUUCAGCAGAUUGUGGAGUGGGAUCCCGAGGACAGGCACUUCAUGGUCAAGAUGACGGAUCACUUCUAUUUCCGUGGCCAUCUCUGUAUCGUCACAGAGCUCCUCAGCAUCAACCUGUACGAACUGAUCAAGGCGAAUCAGUUCUGCGGCUUCUCAACCGCGGUCAUUCGCCGCUUCACGACCCAAAUGCUGUCAUCGUUGAUGCUCAUGCGCCAACACCGCAUCGUGCACUGCGAUCUCAAGCCUGAGAACAUCCUCCUGCGCCACCCGGCAAAAAGUGGCAUCAAGGUGAUCGACUUUGGCUCGUCGUGUCACGAGUCUGAGAAGGUCUACACCUACAUCCAAUCCCGCUUUUACCGCAGCCCCGAGGUUAUCUUGGGCAUGAACUACGCCAUGGCAAUCGACAUGUGGUCGCUUGGCUGCAUUCUUGCCGAGCUGUACACUGGCUACCCCAUCUUCCCGGGAGAGAAUGAACACGAGCAGCUCGCGUGCAUCAUGGAAGUGCUCGGUAUCCCCGACUCGUCCUUGAUCAACAAGGCGUCGCGACGCAAGCUCUUCUUUGACACGGCUGGCGCGCCUCGUCCGUUUGUGAAUGCCAAGGGCAAGCGACGUCGACCUGGCACGCGCUCUCUUGCGUCGGUUCUCAAGUGCAACGACGAGCUCUUUGUCGACUUUAUCGCAAAGUGUCUCACUUGGGACCCAGACAAGCGCCUUAAACCGCAGCCUGCGAUGAGGCACCCGUGGAUCCUAGCCGGGCGACGCAGACAGCCGCCGCCUCCGCCGGAGCGUGAUACACGGGCGUCAUUUCUUGGCACGCCCAGCGCGAGGCGCGCGACGAUGACAAACGGCGACAAGAAGACUCUUGUCAUCUCAACACCAGUGCCACUUGUGGCCAGAGCCUCUCAAGCUCCAUCCUCCGCGUCUCGUGUUGGCGUGUCAGCCACCACUGCACGACUUCACGCACGGAACAGCUACGUCCCUAACGCACAAAAGGUCAGCAUGGCCUGAUUUCGACGACCUGUAACAUAAUUGGACUCGAUCACCUGCAUAAUCCUCGCUCUGCGAGAGUUUCCACCCAUCAUACACCCUCACCCUCCCCCCAGCACAUUUCUCAUCGGCGCUCUGUGGCGUUUGUCACCUAUACAUUACUAUGCGCGUUACGAGCACUCCCUCCCCCCCUCUCCAGUCUCCUGGUACACCACACACACACACUGGACAAAAGUCGUCGCAGUUGUUUCACCAUUCCCACUCCCGCGCGCGCCUGUGAAGGAGGCCUGGCGCCGCCCCACACUGAGAUGCAUUUGCUAUAUUAACGGG